AUACUCAACACCUUCUCAAAUUGCACUUUUUUUGUGUGCGUUUCAGAAAAGUUACAUAAUAUUUAUUUAAAAUUUUGGAAUUUUAUUUGAACUCUGACAAAUUCCCGAGUUUGAUAUCUCUAUUUAAAGCCGUUUGUUGAAGCAAAUGCGAAAACCGAGUAUCCAUGAAGGCACCGUCGUGCUGUCAGCUGUACAUCGAGAAGGAAGUUUUCACGUGGAUACACGUUCGGAGGAAAGCUCUUUUAUGGUCCUGGCCGAAGAUUGCACGAUGUCUCGCACCGACGAGGUUCACCGAGUGACGGAAAAUGUCUACAAGACUAUUAUGGAGCAGUUCAACCCCUGCUUACGGAACUUUGUUGCCAUGGGAAAGACCUACGAGAAGGCCCUUGCCAAUGUUACAUUUGCUGCGAAAGGCUACUUCGAUGCUCUGGUGAGGAUGGGCGAGUUGGCCAGUGAGAGUCAAGGAUCCAAAGAUUUGGGUGAUGUGCUGUUCCAGAUGGCCGAGGUCCACAGACAGAUCCAAGUGCAGCUGGAGGAGAUGCUGAAGUCUUUCCACAACGAGCUGCUGUCUGAGUUGGAGAAGAAGGUGGAGCUGGACGCGCGCUACCUCACUGCGGCCCUAAAAAAGUACCAAGUAGAGCACAAGAACAAAGGGGAGAGUCUGGAGAAGUGUCAAGGAGAGCUGAAGAAGCUUCGCCGGAAGAGCCAAGGCAGCAAGAACCCGUCCAAAUAUGGCGAGAAGGAGAUGCAGUUCGUGGAGACCAUCAGCAGUAAGCAGACCGAGCUGGACACCUUCAUCGCCGAGGGCUACAAGACGGCCUUGUCCGAAGAGCGUCGGAGGUACUGCUUCCUGGUGGAUCGCCAGUGUGCCGUGGCCAAAAACAGCAGCGCCUACCAUGGCAAGGGUAAAGACCUUCUCACCCAGAAGAUUCCAGUGUGGCAGCAGGCUUGUUCAGACCCCAACAAGCUCCCUGAGAGGGCCAUGCUCCUGGCCCAGCAAAUGGGCUCGGCCACCCUGGGCGGCGCCAGCCCCUUGCACACUUCCAAAUCUAACCUGGUCAUAUCUGACCCCAUCCCUGGAGCUCAGCCUCUUCCCGUGCCCCCUGAGCUGGCCGUCUUCAUGGGCAGCGGCCUCGGGCACCAGGCGAGGCUGAUGGGCCCUGACGGAAUGUCAAUGGUCAACGGGACCACAGGAGUCCAUGGUGAGGAAUACUGGACAGAUGGAGGGACUCUGUCCCAGGUCAGGCCUACGUCUCCGCAGACGCAGGCUCAGGUGCAGUCCCAGGCUCAGCCUCAGAGACAGGUCAGCGACGUGUACUCCAACACCCUACCUGUCCGCAGGCCAGGCCCCGCCAAGAACAAGAACCCCGUGGGUGAGACCCGGACCCUUCCCAGGUCCAGCUCCAUGGCGGCGGGCCUGGAGAAGAACGGUCGCGCCCGCGUGCAAGCCAUCUUCUCGCACGCGGCCGGCGACAACAGCACCCUGCUCAGCUUCUCCGAAGGCGACGUCAUCACCCUGUUGGUGCCCGAGGCCCGCGACGGCUGGCACUACGGCGAGAAUGAGAAGAACAAAAUGCGCGGCUGGUUCCCGUUCUCCUACACACGAGUGCUGCCCGAGAGCGACAGCGACAAGCUGAAAGUGAACCUGCAUCACGGGAAGAGUAGCAGCACGGGCAACCUCUUGGAGAGCGACCAAUCCGUGCCCGUCCCCGACUACGGCCUGACCGCCCGACUGUUGGCGCAGAGUCUAGCGCAGACCCGCCCCAGGCCCUACAGCAUGGCAGGCUUUGGCACUCAGCCUGCUAUUGAGGAUUAUGAUGGGCGCUUUGCCACGAGUGACAGUCCUGAUGGCAAAUUGAUUUCGACUGUGUGACAACACACAUUGUGACAGACGCAGACAGCUGCGGAUAGCACAGGGGCCUCCCUUCCUUCCUUCCUUCCUCUUUCCUCCCUCCCUCUCCUUCCCUCCUUCCUCCCCCCCUGUCUCUCCUCCUCCUCUCCUCCCGCCUCCGCCGGUCUCAUCCCUCCUUUCUGUCCUCUCUCCCUCCCUCGCGUGCGUCCUGGGUGCUGCUCUGCUGCCGGCUGCCUGGCGGUGUCGCUGCGGGGACAGUAGCGGUUGGUGGGUGGAGGAUUGCGUUGAGAGCCGGGGCGGGGCCUACCUGCUCGGCGUGCAUCGAUACGGACUCUGAGCAACGGCAGUCGCGGGUGGAGAGACUGCCUUUGCUCCACUGCUUCCUCUUUUAUGGAUUUUUCUUUUUCCCGCCCAUGCAUGUACCCGGUUGUCUUUUUUAGUGGCGCUAAAAACAAAAGGACAUGUUCGUGUACCGUACAAGUGCCAAAAAGACUUGUGGGGUUGAGGUUCAUGGCCUUUACCGUUCAAAAAAGCACACAGGCUGUGAUUGGUCGCGCGUCGGUGCUUAUACUUGAUUCAUUUUUCAGUGCGGGGAGAGAGUGAACACCCCCUCUUGGUGGCGAGGAAAUGUAAUUUCAUGGCGUCUUGAGUUAUGAGAUGUGCCAUUUUUUAUAACUCAACUCACUUACAAACGGUAUCAUAAUGCACAUAUUUGAAGACAACUGAUUGAGAAAUACAGGAAGGACACUAACAUGCAUCUAUUCUUUAUCAUCUGGAAAGAGCAACUAAUACUGCAGCAGUGUUGUUUUUGGCAGCCCUUUCGAUUUUCAUCUUAAUUUUCGGACGAAAAUACUUUUUACUCUUCGUUUCCUAUUUUAGUCAUUUCAAAAUGUGUUUGUCUAUUAGUCAAUUACUCAAAGAUAUUUAUUUUUGUAAAAUUCAAAAGUAGGGUUGUUCCGAUCAUGUUUUUUUGCUCCCGAUCUGAUCCCGAUCGUUUUAGUUUGAGUAUCUGCCGAUGCCGAUAUUUCCCGAUCCGAUUGCUUUUUUAUUGCUCCCGAUUCAGUUCUAAUCAUUCCCGAUAAUUUUUCCCGAUCAUAUACAUUUUGGCAAUGCAUUAAGAAAAAAAUGAAUAAAACUCGGACCAAUAUAUACAUUCAACAUACAGUACAUAAGUACUGUAUUUGUUUAUUAUGACAAUAAAUCCUCAAGAUGGCAUUUACAUUAUUAACAUUCUUUCUGUGAGAGGGAUCCACGGAUAGAAAGACUUGUAAUUCUUAAAGGAUAAAUGUGACUUUGUAUAUAGUGACUAAAUAUUGCCAUCUAGUGUAUUUGUUGAGCUUUCAGUAAAUGAUACUGUAGCCAUUUAAUUUCUGCCCAAAUGCGUGAUGGGAAGUGCAACCAUGACUGUGCGUCGUGGUACCAAUUGAUAUAUCUUCUCUGCGUUGGGAAAUAACAUAGGGUGUUAAGAAAAAGAUCAAUUACUACCUUCCCCACAUUGCUUCCCACGAUUAUUCAAAUCGUUGGGAGAGGGAUUGUAAGGCUUUAGCCAUUUAAAAAAAGGCUCCAAAGGCUGCCAAAACUCACUCUUCUCAUUUUACGCUGCCCUUUAGCUCUAUAUACUGUAUGGGUAAAACAGCGCCAUUAUAGAUUGAACGCGACAAUGUGUGAGUUGGUCAUGCAGUGCUUGCGUUAAUUGCGUUAAAUAUUGUAACGUGAUAAAUGUAAAAAAUAUUAAUUCGCACCAGGUAGUUUCUCAUGCGCACUAGAUAGUUACUAGUUACUAGUGUGCACCACAUAUUAUCUGGUGCACACCAGAUAAUUUCUAGUGAGCGGCACAUUUUGUCUGGUGUGCACCAGAUUAUUUAUCUGAUUAUUAUCAAGCAAAUCAGCUUAUUUCUGGUGCGUACCAGAUAGUUUCUCAUGCGCACCAGAUAGUUUAUAGUGUGCACCAUAUACUAUCUGAUGCGCACCAGAUGAUUUCUAGUGGGCGCCACAUAUUAUCUAUUGCGCACCAGAUGGUUUGUCGUGCGCACCAGAUAGUUUCUAGUGAGCCCCACGUACUAUCUGGUGUGCACCAGCUUGUUUGUGGUGUGCACCAGAUAAUUUCUAGUGCGCAUCACAUAUUAUCUGGUGCACACCACAUUGUUUCUCGGUCGCACCAGUUUCUCACUGCACUAAAUAGAUUGUUUCUCGUGCGCACCAGACCAUUUCUAGUGAGCGCCACAUGUUGUCUGUUGCGCACCAGAUUGUUUAUCUUGCGAACCAGAUAGUUUCUAGUGAGCCCCACAUACUAUCUGAUGCGUACCAGAUCAUUUCUAGUGAGCGCCACAUAAUGUCUGGUGCGCACCAGAUUGUUUAGCGAACGCACCAAAUAGUUUCUAGUAAGCCCCACAUACUAUUUGGUGCGCACCAGAAAAUUUCUAGUACGUACCACAUAUUAUCUGGUGCGCACCACAUUGUUUUUCUCGUGCGCAACAGAUAAUCUCUAAGGAGCCCCACAUACUAUCUGGGGUGCAACAGAUUGUUUCUGGCGCACACCAGAUAAUUUCUAGUGAUCGCCACAUGUUGUUUGGUGCACAUCAGAUUGUUUCUCAUGCGCACCAGAUAGUUUCUAGUGUGCACCACAUACUAUCUGGUGCGCACCAGAUGGUUAAGAUUUAUUUCUGUUGAUGUCCCUUAAGUGGUUCCGUAAGUUUGAAGCACGACGUAGUGAGGGAUAACUGUAUAUUCAAUUAAUUAAACCCACCUGGACACCACAAACUUAGUCUAAAAAAAAAAAAAAAAAAAAGUCCAAGAGUUUAAGAGGAGGCUCGCCAUGCUAAAUGCUAAAGCUAAGGCAAACGCGAAUACUAUGCUAACGCUACAAGUUACAUUUGGUAUGUGAUUAUCCCUCAGCACAGACCUUUGAAAGCUAAAGCACCAUUGAAAAUCUUUGCCAAGAUAAAACAAAUCUUACCAUGUGUUUCAAAACAAGGAAGAUGGCGCGUAGUCGAGCUUCAUGCACAUCCUAACACCGGUGAGGAUAAUGCCGGGCGCAGCACAUCUCACAUGAGUGACACUGCUACGAUGCAGGCUGACGUACUCCACGUACAAUAUGAAAAUGUCACUCAUUCUGAACAGAUGACAGAAACUGUCGCAUUUUCGUCUCGUCAUCGUCCCGACAGACGAAAACUGGCAUUCGUCUCGUUAUAUUUUAGUCUCGCAAGCAGAGGUGUCACGUCCCAAUAGGCAAACCAGGCAAUUGCCUAGGGCCCCCAGCCAGCAGGGACCCCCAGAGGGCCAACAGAUUUAGCACACGCAGCUUUAUUGCACUGUAGCAGCAACAAGUGUAGGGAGUAUUUCAAUACCAUGGAAUCAUUUGGAAGAUUAUCUAACGAUGCUGUUAUCAAUUCCAAUCAGCACUAACCAUGUCAAGUAGAUUAUACAUGUUUAAGAAAGUCCAAUCAGCUAUUAUUACCACAUGAUUGUUUAAAGAGUGACUCACCAAGUACUCUCUGGAAAGUCCUUGCUGAGUUGUUUUACAUUGAUUUUCACAGGCCAGCUCAUUAUUCAUGUGACUACUUAAAGAAAUGGUGAUUUUUUUUUUUUCCCCCAAAAAAAGUCUAUUAAUGGGUCUAUCAUAUUCCUCUUCGAAUACUUUAUAAUAAAAAUAUAACACAUAUGCAUCUAAAAUAAUCCUAAACAAUUUUAUUAGCAAUUAUAAUACUCCUUUUAGUAAGGUUCCUUGGUUGUGCGUACGUUCCCAUAGCAACCAGUCCUGUUAUUGUCCUAUACGUCACAAGCGUUGCGUAUUCUGGGAGCGAGAAUAGGCGUAAGGUCCGCAUUUCGAGCAGAGUCCCCCUUACUUGCACACACUCGAAGGGCCCCAUGUUGCUUGUUGCCUGGGGCCCCCGGGGACCUUUGCUACGCCUCUGCUCGCAAGCCACGUUUUUUGAUAGUCAUCGUCACAUUAUGGUCAUGAAAAAAAAUUACUCGUCGAUGUAAUAUUUUCGUUAUCUUCAUUGUUGACGAAAACAACACUGCAUCACUCUAACAAACCAAAACAUUUUUUUAACGAAACAUUUAUUCAUCGAUAUAACUUAAGUUUUAAUUCAUUGGCUGUCAUUGACGACGGCCUAUUUUGUCAGAACAUUUUAAUGCAUCAACAAAAUAAUUGCAAAGAUUUUUUUUUUUUUUUUGUAUUAUAAAGAUGUUAAAGUGAGGGGCGACUUAUCAGAGGGGUGUGUUCACGUAAUAUGUCGGCUAUUUUUCCUGUUUUGGUUGGUUGGGAGGUGCGUCCAAUGCCUUACACACUGCUUUUGCCCCACCCCCUACCCUAUGAAAGACGUACGUUAUGUGCAGGCAUAUCUAUAUCUAAUCUAUUGCUAUAUAUGACUUGUUCUGUCCGUCCACCGAAUUGCACUGUACUUUUAUUUGAUUGACCGCCGCGACACGAAAUUUGGUCUUCUUUGUGCAAAUCCAGCGCCUUGGAUAACGCUGUUGAAAAUGAGCAGCCAUGUUCUUGAUUUCCUUCGCAGCUCCUUUUUCUGAUUGUGGCUCUGUAGUUUCUUUUCUUCCAAACAAUUGUUGUCCUUGUACGAAAAGACUGACUAGUUGUUUUAUCUUAUGCAUGCCGUGGAGGGAUAUUAAAAAAAAAAAAAAAAUGUGAUAAAAAAAAAAAAAAAGACCCUGAAUGUAUGGUGACUUUUUACGAAAGGUAUUCUAAAUAAAACAUAUCUCUAUAUAUUAAUAAAUCGUCUGGUGUGGCAGAAAAUUUUUUCUUUGCACGUGUCGCCGAACUCGAUUUGCAACUCUGUUGAACUCCAGUGAUCCCAGCAUGUUUUUGUGCUAUUGGACUUUUGCAAAUUCUUAUGUGUAUGUUGUGUAAGGUGUGAUUGGUGUCCACGCUUGAACUCGAAAGUAUUUUGUCGUGUUUUCCAACUUCCAAACACCUUCCUUUUGAAGAGAACGUCGACUGUGGCAUGUCGAGCAUGAACGUGUUGCACUUUUUUGUUCCGUUGUCUUGUUCCGUUUGAGCGUUACAGUGCAAGCUCUCGGCGAUUUGUUCCACUGUCAAACGUCAAAAAAAAAAAAAAACAUUUUCUGGCAUUGAUAAAUAGGGGUGUGACAAUAUUUUGAAAAGACGAUAUAUCAUGAUACUUUGUAGCUCAAAAGGUUUAUCGUUAUGCUCCCACCUAGAAUUGGUGUCACUUUUUAAAAUAAAAAAGGUAAAGCUAACAAAAUCUAUUACAAUAGAGUCUAUGUUAACUCACUGGCUGCCAUUUUGGGUGCAAGACGUAUAAAUGAUUUUGACUGGAUUGGCACUGAAACUUGAUUAUUCAAUGUAUUUUGCUGGCAAUGGCUCUGAAUGAGUUAAAAAGAAAAAAAAAACAUUUUUGACUUUCAAAAUUUUUCUCAGCAACCAUCCUGAAUUAGUCUUAAUUUCUGGUGAAUUGCCGACACCACUCUGCAUCACGUACUAUUGCAAUUUUGUAUCUAAUAUAAGUAAUUUGGUUAAAGCGUCUUAGAAACCAGCUAUUUGUUAGAUUGAAUCUGUUUUCUCAAGGGACAUGAUGCGGCUGUUUACAAAAACCAAGCUCAAAUAUGACUCUUGGAUGCAAGUAUUGAAGUGAAAGUUUAUUAGGUGAGUGUAUUCAUCAAUAUUUGGGAACAAUAGGACGAAAACAAUUGGAAAUAUUUACAGACAAUUGCACAAGUUAUUAUGAUCCAAGUCAAAAGUAAGUCCCGAGUCUUACCUGUUGUGGGGAAGUUGAGUCGAGUCAAGAGGAUAUGCCGAGUCGAGUCGGUUAUUCCGAGCCAAGAAGUUAUGUCGAUUUGGUUAUUUCGAUUCGGUUAUGUCGAGUCAAGUCGGUUAUGUCGAUUCCGUUAUGUCGAGUCGAGUCGGUUAUGUUGAGUGGAUUCGUUUAUGUCGAGUCGAUUCAGUUAUGUCGAGUCGAGAGGUUAUGUCGAGUCGAGUCGGUUAUGUCAAGUUGAGUCUGUUAUGUCAUGUCGGGUCUGCCGAGUCAAGUCAAAGGAUAUGCCGAGCCGAGUCGCGAGGUUAUGUCGAGCCGAGUUGCGAGGUUAUGUCGAGCCGAGUUGCGAGGUUAUGUCGAGCCGAGUCGUGAGGUUAUGUCGAGCCGAGUCGCGAGGUUAUGCCGAGUCAAGCCGGCGGGAGGUUAUGUCGAGCCUAGAGGUUAUGUUAAUUCGUUUAUGUCGAGUUGAGUUGGUUGUGUCGAGUCGGUUGUGUCGAGUCGUGUCUGUUAUGUCGAGUCAGUUAUGUUGAAUCGAGUCGAUUGUGCUGAGUCACGAGGUUAUGUCGAAUCGGCAUUGUCGAGUCGCAAGAUUCUGUCAAGCCGAGAGGUUAUGUCGAGUCAGUUAUGUCGAGUUGAGUCUGUUAUGUCGUGUCGGGUUUGCCAAGUCGAGUCAAGAGGAUAUAUCGCGUCGAGUCAAGAGGAUAUGCCGAGUCGAGUCAAGAGGAUAGGCCGAGCCGAGUCAAGAGCAUAUGCCGAUUUGAGUCGCGAGGUUAUGCCGAGUCAAGUCGCGAGGUUUUGUUGACCCGAGUCGCGAGGUUAUGCCGAGUCGAGCCGGCAGGAGGUUAUGUCGAGCCUAGAGGUUAUGUUGAUUCGGUUGUGUCGAGUCGGUUGGUUGUGUCGAGUCAGUAAUGUUGAGUCGAGUCAGUAAUGGUGAAUCGAGUCAGUAAUGGUGAAUCGAGUCAGUAAUGUUGAAUCGAGUCGGUUGUGUCGAGUCAGUAAUGUUGAAUCGAGUCGGUUGUGUCGAGUCGAGUCGGUUGUGUCGAGUCAGUAAUGUUGAAUCGAGUUGGUUGUGCCGAUUUGAGUCGCGAGGUUAUGUCAAGCCGAGAGGUUAUGUCGAGUCGAGUCAGUUAUGUCGAGUUGAGUCUGUUAUGUCGUGUCCGGUUUGCCAAGUCGAGUCAAGAGGAUAUGUCGCGUCGAAUCAAGAGGAUAUGUCGCGUCGAAUCAAGAGGAUAUGUCGCGUCGAGUCAAGAGGAUAUGCCGAGCCGAGUCAAGAGGACAUGCCGAUUUGAGUCGCGAGGUUAUGUCGAGUCGAGUCGCGAGGUUAUGCCGAGUCAAGCCGGCGGGAGGUUAUGUCGAGCCUAGAGGUUAUGUUGAUUCGGUUAUGUCGAGUCGAGUCGGCUGUGUCGAGUCGUGUCGGUUAUGUCGAGUCAGUAAUGUUGAAUCGAGUCGGUUUUGCUGAGUCGCGAGGUUAUGCCGAAUCGGUUAUGCCGAAUCGGUUAUGCCGAGUCGAGUCGGUUAUGCCGAGUCGAGUCGAGUCGCGAGGUUAGUCAAGGCCUUCACCAUUGUUCUCAAGACCACCCACAAACCACCCAGGUUUAUGAGGAAAACCUUACUGUCAAUGUAAGUCAACUUAAAAUCAAAUAAAACUAUGCAGUAUAGUCAUCAGAAAAUAAACCAGCAUUAAGGUGCUCCAAGCGAAUCACUGUCAGGUAGGAAUCAAUCUACGAUCAAGUUUUUCUAGUCAGCUUGUCGAGUCUUAGUUCACUGUCUCACGAGUUGAGUCGAGUCUCUGACCCUCCCAGCUCAAGUGAGUCAGGUCCGAGUGUGUUUUUUUUUUUCAAGUCAUAGUCGAGUUGCGAUUCAUCCAAUAUGCGACUCAGGUCAACUCAAGUCCAAUUGUCUGAAUAUUUAUUCGUUGCAUUGAGGUGUCAUUUCUCAUUUUCUCCUUUUGCAAGAAGCCUCUACUUUCAAUUGACUGUAAAACGUGUUAUUUUAACCUGGCAGUAGUACAGUUUGACACUGGAACAGCUUUUUUCUUGAAAAACCCUUAGUUGUUGCACUGUGUCGUUCAUAUGAUCAUUGUUUAGUAUGUUAACUAACCAACAUUGUGGUUAUUACUAAACGUGCGCUAAUGCAUGAUGCGCGAGGUGAAACAUUCCAACGAUCAGGUUGUGUUUACCUUCCAGUUUGGGUCCAGAGUUGUCCCGGUUCUGAGGGAACAGGACUGCCGUAAGUCCAACGCCUCGCCGCCAGCUUUUUCCAUUGCUUGGCUACAGUAGAAUGCCGCAUUUUUAUUUGUAUUUUUUUCCGUCCGGUUUUAGUUUUUUUUUGUUUGUUUUUUUUUUCUCAAUCCUGCAUGCAUGCUCGGUGCUCCGUGCUUGCAACAUGUGUAGAAUGCUCGGGAGGUCACGUGGUGGUUUAGGUGUGCGACUGCCGCGUAGGACGGGUUGAUGUUUGAAUCUUUUAACCUAAUUGUUCGUAUUCCUUGCCCUCCCCCGCCCUUUGGUUUUUCCACAGUGACCGCUCCAUGGAGGUCUACCUCCGGCCCACCUUCACUGACGACCGGUCUGCCACCAUCUUCUACUAAUGGCGCAGUGCCACUUUUCGGCCACUAGAGAGCACAUUUUUGUACAGAAACAAGAGGGAAAGGCCAAAGUUGUUCCUUUACUUUUAUCUUAAGUUGAACCGUUAAUUUGAGGACGUGCAGCACAGAAAGUUAAAAUAAAAAAAAAAAAAAAUCAAUAUGAUGACAAAAAUGAAUUUAACCCUUUCAAGGACACUGCUAUUAAUGACCUUUAAUCCUUAAUUGGGCAGGUUAUUUUUUAUUUUUCAAUUAUUGUUUUAUAAUUAUGAAAGAAAUGUAUAAAUUGAUAAUUAUUACAGCCCCAAAUAAAACUUAAGUUGAUUUUUUUUGGGGUUUGUUGUAAUAGGAGUUAACUAAUUGCAUGCCACUGAUGGAAUGCUGAUAUUUUGCAACUUAAUGUUCAUAUUUCUGUGCUAUUGACGGCGUGAGAUGUUCACUCCAUUUUGACGUUUGAACGUUCAUUCGCCCCUCCCAGUCAAAAUGGAUUGGAUACCUCAUGGCGUAAAUGGCAGCCAGUAAAUUAAAUGAGUGCCCUGUAAGGGUUAAAAAAAUUGUGCAUGAAAGGGUUAGAGCAUUUUUUCCUUAUAAUAUUGAUGAGGAAUAAGACUUUAUUCUUGUAAGACAGUGAUUUAUAUCAAGACAUGAGUUGAAUGCAUUUUUUUCUCUACUUUCUCGUCAGCUUGAUCCGUUAAUUUGGUGAUGUAAAUAAAUACAAGAUAAAUAUAGAACAAAAAGUGGUCAUAUUUUGAGAAUAAAUGUCAUCGUUGUUAAUAUUUUGGCAAAAAAACGUUUUCUCUAUAAUAUUAAGAUUUGCAUUGAUAGUGUCGCGCCUUGAAAAAGUUGCCAUUUUAUGACAAUAAUGUUAAAAUGUAAUGUUAUAUACAAUAACUGUAAUGUUACAUGGUCAUUUCAAAAUCAAUUCCAAAUCCAUAAAAAAACAUUAAAAAUAACCAACAGCAACCAAAAACUCUUAUUCUACUGUAUUGUCGGACUUUAAGUCACCGUUUUUUUUCCAUAAUUUAAAUUUAUACUCUGGACCGACUUCUGUGUGAAAAUAUUAACACAUUAUUAUAUAAUUUAACAUGUUAUUUUCGCACUAAACCUCAAGAGGGCGCUCAAGGCCUGUGUUUCAUCAUUGGUGGUAACUUAAAAAAAAACAAAUAAAAACAACUCAAUCUACUCAAGUAAAAGUAAAAAGUAUGGCGUGAUAAACUACUCUAAAAAGUAAAUUUUUCUCAACAGCUUACUCAAGUAAAUACAACUCGUUACUAUCCACCUCUGACCAUACACUUAUUUAGCCUUUUGUUCUCUAUUUUAAAUGUUCUUGGUGUUGGAUUUUUUUUUUUCAAAUUUCCCACAAAAAUUCGACUUCUACUCUAGUGCGAGUUAAUAUACUGUAUAUACGUUUCUUUUCCUCUUAAUUGUGCAUUUUUUGGCCAGUGCGACUUAUACUCAGCUGCGAAUUAGGCCUAUAGUCCGAAAAAUAUUGUAUAUUCUAAAGAAAUAAUAACUAUUUUUUUAACACCCCAAAACAACACCUUAUUCUCAUGUUAUCAACAAUUUGCAUCCCUGACACUGUCAAAUCUUAUUCAUGACAUUAAAAGGUCAGCGACGGUUAAGGCUGAUUGAUUAUAUCAUAUCGUAUUGAAUAACGCUAUUACUCAUGGUACGGUAUCCAUACUGUUGCUGUUUGACCUUAGAAUAGGCGUGUGCAAUUCUUACUGAGUAGCCAUGACACAGGACCAUUUUUGUGAAGAAUGUUAAAAAACGUGUUCCCAACUGUGUUUAAUUAGGGAAAAAACACCUCAAUGAAGUUGGCCCCCCAUCAGACACAAAUUUAUAUAAAGUUGAUGUCAAUCAAUUUUGGUUGUUUUUGCUCUAAGAAGUUUCGUUUGUGCUGCUAACACACAAAUUAGGGAGGCUGGGGGAGCGCUACUUUGCGGUUUUUCACUUAUCGUGGCGGGUUCUGGUCCCCGUUAACCGCGAAAAAUGAGGGAUCGCUUUAUUUCAAUGCAUUUGUGUUCAGGCUGGGAUACCCCUCAUACAUUCCAGAUAUGAAAAACACUGAACCUUGUAUCAGGGAGUUUUUCGUCAUUUAUUGAAUUUGGCAUGUUGCCCAAAAAAAUGGCGAUGAAUGGUGAAUGAAAACUCAGUAUUAUGAAAACUUAAGACAGGGGUGUGAAACCGGUCCUUAAAGGGCCACAGUGGGUGCUGGAGUUCAUUCCAGCCAAACGAGACGAACACCUUUUCACCAAUCUGGGGUCUUACAAGUGUGAUCAGUCGAUUGCAGUCAGGUGCUGCUUGUUUUCGCACAAACCUCAUUGGUUGAACUGUCUGUGCUCAAUCUGUAUGAACAGAUUCCAAAUGUGGAAUCGGUUUGACAUCCCUGACUUAAGAUCUCAUAUGUCUCAUGAACAGUCUCACCAAUUUUGAGGAGGAUCCAACUAAUGACGCGUCAAAUUUUACGUUAGAUGUUGAAAGAAUCGAAUGUGAUCGGACGUCGAAGUACCACUGUAUCUUAAAAACGAUAGCAGCUCAAAAGUAGGACAAACAAUUGACCUCAUUUUUAUAUAAAUUUGCGUCUAAGAAUUGCAGAACACCGGUAGUAUUCGUCUAGUGACAGUGACAAACUACGUCAACAUCCAGAGCGUCCAUUGAGCGCAUAAAACAUGGUGCUUUCUUUAGGUCAAAACAUCUUCUGAAUAUUAGAUUUUUAAAUCAGUGGCAAUAUUUUGUGUUUCUUAUAACAUAUUUUAGGAAAGGAGAACAAUUGUUGCUUUUUAAAGGUCUGUGUGCCUUUUGGCCAUUCGUUUUUUGUUUUUUUUUCGUCUGCAGGUAGUCCCCGGGUUACAAUCGAGUUCCGUUCCUACGCUGGUGACUUAAACCGAAUUUCCUCAUAAGUCAGAAUUAGCCCUUUUAGUACCGCUACACCAGUGGUUCUUAACCUUGGUUUGAUCGAACCCCAGGGGUUAGGUGAGUAAGUCUUAGGCAGGGUUCACUAAAUCCUGACUUAAGAUCUCAUAUGUCUCAUGGACAGUCUCACCAAUUUUGAGGAGGAUCCAACUCAUGACGCGUCAAAUUUUACGUCAGAUGUCGAAAGGAUCGUAUGUGAUCGGACAUCGACGUACCAAUAUAUCUUAAAAACGAUGGCAGCACAAAAAAUUGACCUCAUUUUUAUGUAAAUUUGUGUCUGAUGGGUGGCCAGCUUCAUGGAGGAGGAAAAAAAACACAACUUGUUGUACUUAAUUUGCAAUAGUUUAGUUUCAUAUCCAGAUUAUUGUGGGGAUUGUGCCUUCCACUUUAUUUUUCUUAGGUUUUUUUUUUUUUUUUUUUUUUUUUUUUUUACUAUUGUUGCUUUUUAAGUAAAGCUUACUUUUUGCAGUUCCACCAAGAUAUGACUUUACAAUAACUCUCCUUUUCUCUUUUUAAUAUCAAUGUCUAAUCUGCCGGAUAGAAAAGUGAGAUGAAUUUUCAGCGCAUACAUAAAGGAAUUCUUUUUAUCAUUAGCAUUCUUAUUAGCUUUGAGGGAGAGGUAGAUAAUCUGAUAAGACGCAGUAUUAAUAUAGCUUUUGGUCGUUCUCAGUAUUACUCGCUCAUUAGGGAUGUGAAACGGAAAGGUAGGUAAGAAAAAGUAGGAAUCGAGUUACCGAACGAAUAUUAUGAAAGAUGCUGUAAAGAACUGAUGAUGAGAGUGCUUUAUACUGAGGGCUUUACGAAUCAUGCUUUUAUUUUCAUUCGGGAAUAAGUUUCAAGUACAAUUGUUGUUUCUGUUUUUCUUUUUUACUUUUAUAUAGCUUUCAUUUUGUUCAUUUUCCACUUUUUUUGGUUUGUAUGAUACACAUUCUGUACAGAAAACAUAAAUUAUCAAAAUAAAUCCCUGUGGACACACCUUAUGCAAAUAUUCUUCUUUUUUCCACAUCAUGACUUCAACUUUUUGUUUCAUCACGUGGCUGAAAUUUCACGAGAAAUAAUCGGACGCAAAACAGGAGGAAGUAUUUGAGUGUAUUGUACAACAGCAAUGAGUGAUUUUAAAUCACCCGCCUUUGUCCAGACAACAUUAACCAAUGAAAUGGAUGCUACAUAUUAACGUAACAUUCGUACUAUAGGCAACACGUCAUACUUUUGAACGUCUCGCUUGUGUCAGCACGAUGGCACCGUAAGUAGGGGUGUGACAAUAUAUCAAAAAGGUGAUAUAUCACGAUACUUGGUAGCCUAAAAAAAGGUUAUCGAUAUUAGAGGUUGACCGAUAUACGGGCCGAUAUAUGGACUCUCUUCCAACAUCGGAUGAUUAGUCCCUCCCAUUAAAAUGCUGAUUAAAAAAGGAUUUUGAUCAGGCAUCUGUGUGGGCAACUGUGACGGUAGAACCCCGGAAGGACCCUGCA